GACUCAACAUUAUCAGUUUGAACAUACAAAUGCUGAAGACCUGGCAGAAGAUAGGCAAAGGAAAUGUCUCUUUCAAAACUGGAUGGUGAAAAAUUGACUGUUGAAGAUGUUCAAACUUCAAGUUCUUCCUGUCGACAAGAAAUAAAUACCACACCAUGUGAUGAUGACAUUUUAAUCAGUCAAACGAGGGAUAAAUGGAAUCAAGAAUAUUUUGCUUUGACAUUUCCCAAAACACCUAUGCCAGAUAUAAAGAAGAGAUCAGGACCUUCAGAAUUAGAAGUUGCAGUUCCUAAACAAGAGAAAAGGAAAAUUGAGGAAGGUCAGAAACCAACUCAUGUAUGGAUAAACCAGUUAUUAAGAGAAGUUUUCUUGAGGUCAUCCUUUUCUCUAGCUUUUAUUACACAGGCUCCAUUCAAAUAUCUUUAUAAUCCUCAAAACCAUUAUAUAAUGGCAGAAACUAGAAAGCCCAAAGAUGAUAAAAGAAGAAAAACUUUGAAGAAAAAUUUUAGGAGAAAAAUAAGCUCAUGUGUUAUAAAUCUGGAGUCCAUGAGAACAAUAACCAAUGGGAAACCAUCAAAAUCCUCACAUAAAAGUAAAUUGCCUAAGAAGUCAACCUCUACAACAGAAACAAAUCUAGAAUCUAACACUUCAAAGAAAACCUUGGAAAUGAGUUUGAGAAAUGACAACAAAAAUUCAAUGAACUUCUUUAGCAAGGAGAAUGUAGCCAUAUGUUGCAAGGACAAUUCCAAUACAAACCCUAAGAAGAGCAUUGAGAAAUUUUCUGAUGAGAUAUCAGACUCCACAGCUGAAUCCACAGAUUUUGAUGAAUGGUUAACAAAUUGCUCACAGAACAAUGCAAAGAAGCCUUCAAAGAAGGGUGGAAAGAAGGGAAGGGACUCAGAUAUUGAUUCUGGAGACUCAAAAGAUGGAAAGAAAGAGAGAAAGAAAAAUAUCAAGAAAGAAUCCAGGAAAAAGAAGGAUUCAGAAUCUACUGAUGCUGAAUCUGUUGACUCCAAGGAUGGGAAGAAAAAAAUAAAAAUAGUUAAUAAAAAGGAAAGCAAGAAAAGGAAGGAUUCAGACUCUACUGGUGGUGACUCUAGGGACUCCAAGGUUUUAAAGAAAGAUAAGAAAGAAAAGAAGAGUGCAGGCAAAAAGAGUAUAGAAUCUUCUGGUAGUGAAUCUGUAGAUUCAAAGGGUUCAAAGAAAGUAAAGAAACAAGUAAAGAAAGGAGUCUUGAAGAAUGCAACCUCUACUGAUUCUGAAGCAGAUGUAGCUUCAAAGAAGGGUAAGAAAGAUAAAAAGAACGAAAAUAAAACGAGAAAGAGGAAGCCUGUUAAGGAUACAGAGUCUACUGAUGCUGAUUCUGAAUCUGAAGGUGACUCAACAGGUAAAAAGGUUGAAAAGAAGGAUAAGAAAAUUACAAAGAAAGGAGAAAAGAAGAGUGCAAAGAAGAAUGUAUCAACUUCUGAAAGUGAGUCUGAUUUGGGAGUAAAGAAGGCAAAGAAAAAUAAAAUAAAGGACAUAUGGAGUUACACUGAUUCAGCAUCUGAUACAUCUUCCAAGACAGGCAGAAAAAUUUCAAGGCUCUCAAAUACUGAAUCUGACUCAUCAGAGUUCAGACAUGUAAAGACCGUUGAUUCAGAUGCCUCAUCCACAGACUCAAAGAGGGCAAUGAGAGGAACGAGGAAAGGAAUCAGAAAAUUAUCCAAAAAAACUACUUUCAAUGAAAAGGGGAAAAGAAGUGUGACUGGUAGAAUCCCUUCAUCAAGAGAAAGAAUAUCCUUCCCUCCUUGUGAGCCUGUUAAAACAUCACUUAAGUCCAGGCGUGUCUGUACCUGCAAGACACCACCUCCAUCUCCAAAACCAAGACAUGCUCCUUUGCCUGGAGUGGAGUGGAUUCACAAGCUGCUCUGAAAAACACCUGAGUCCUGGAUUUCACAGAAUGACCUUAUGGAAGCAAACUUCUUUCAAAUCAGCCUCCCUGCUUCUGUGGAACUAUAAUAAAGACCAGCAUCCAAAUAUCAAAA